AUGAUCAUCAAAAUUUUGGUGAAUUCUCUAAUCGGUAAUGUAUUUCCUGGUUCUAUUGAUGCUAGCAAUGAAUCUACCAAUUCCACCAAAAUGUACAAGUUGUUUGAAAGCACUAUUGAAAUAAUUGGACCGGAAAAUGUUGUACAAAUUGUCACCAAUAAUGCUAGUGAGAAUGUUAAAGAGGGAAGCAUGAUGAUGGUUUUUAAGAAGGCCAUCAGAAUCCAUUUUUACAUUAGUCAAAGGCCAUUGUUGUUAAACUUGAUGAGAAAAUUCACCAAGGAAAGAAAUUUGGUGAAACCGUCCAAGACAAGAUUUGCAACGACCUUCUUGACUUUGAGAGCUAUGUACAUACAAAGAAAAAACUUGAGAACUUUAGUCCUCUCAACCGAAUGGACUUCAAGUAAAUUUGCAAAGGAAACUUUGGGGAAAGAAGUUGCCAAUCUUAUUAUUUCUGCCCACUUUUGGGAUGAUGUUGUUCGAGCACUUACAGUUUGUGGUCCUUUAAAAGUGCUUCGUUUGGUGGAUGGGGAGAAAAAACCACCAAUGAGCUAUAUUUAUGAAGCAAUGGAUAGAGCCAAAGAAACUAUUGCACGGGGUUUUCGUGGAGUUAAGAAGAAAUAUGAGAAAUUGUUUGAAAUUAUUGAUGCAAGGUGGUCAGACCAACUAUAUCAGCCUUUGCAUGCUGCAGGCCAUGUUUUGAACCCAUGA